UGUCAAAACAAAAAAAGUUUAAACCAAUUUUAAAAGAAUAAAAAAAAAAAAAGCGAUCGACAAGCGAGCAGAGGUUCAGUGUUCUCAUGGCUGCUGAUUCUCCGACUUCUGUUCGUAAAGUGGUUGUUCAUCUCAGAGCCACCGGUGAUGCUCCUAUUCUUAAACAAUCCAAAUUCAAGAUAGCAGGAACUGAUAAAUUUGCAAAAGUGAUAGAGUUUCUUCGCAGACAGCUACACAGGGAGACAUUGUUUGUUUAUGUCAACAGUGCUUUUUCACCGAACCCUGAUGAACUGGUCGUUGACUUGUAUAAUAAUUUUGGUUUUGACGGAAAACUGGUUGUGAACUACGCUUGUUCUAUGGCAUGGGGCUAACACUAAAUGACAGUUGCUGAUUGAUAUAAAAUUCUGCACAUUUCAAAAUGUGAAUACAUAUUGUUUUUCUUUAGUUGUUGCCGCACAUUUCAGCGCAAACUCGAGACUUCAAUUGCAUACAAUCAAAAUACACUGUUUUUUGGAAGAUUCUAACAAGGUAGAAAUGGAACAGUAACACGUCAUUCUUCAUAAUUUGUUAGUUUGAAAAGCUUUUAUUUUAGGAGUGUGUUUUAUAUACAUAUUGAAGUCACCCUUUUAGUUUUAUUCAUAUGUCAAUGUAGUUAUGGAUGAUAUAAUGUUUAGAGAUUCGUUUGCUUGUUGAAGUGAUAAUCAUUCAGCUAUCCAUUCUUUAUAAUCAAUAAUUUUUUUUGAAUGUAUAUAGCUUCAGCCAAUAAUUUUAUUGAAUUGUACAUUUCAUUGAACCCACCAA